AUGCCUCCAGUUCAACAUGUUCUGCGCCAGAGCCACCGCAAAUCCACACGGGGCUGCCAGACAUGCAAACGCCGACACGUCAAGUGUGACGAAUUGCAACCAAAUUGGCAAGUCGACGCUUUUGGUCAUAUUAGCAGCCAAACUAACGCCCUUGGUAGUCAAAAAUGCAUCAACAGCCGGCGGGAAUGUGUAUAUCUCGUCGGCCGCCGUGACGCACCGAGCCCAGGCGCCAACGCAACCCUAACGUGGCCCAAUGUCAUUGAACAAGCUUGCCAUGAGUGGAAGCAGUCUGGCAAACCGCCGUUCCCGCGUCUAGCUAUCGCCGCAGCACCGAGCUGGCACAACAUGCCGCUGGCUGACUUGCGGUACCUGUACCACAUGGCCCUUGUCGAUGGGAUGCUCGCCUUGAGCGGAACGAGCAACAUGUGCCUCUUGUGGGCAACGAGCUUUGGCUUUGUGGCGCACACGCUUGCGGCCACGUCUGCCGAACGGCUGGCCGUCUUGACCAAAUCCCAGGAAGCAGCCAACGAUGGUGCUAGAUACCGCGCGCUGGCUCUCCAUGGGCUGAGCAGAGAGAUACAGUUGUUUUCCAAGAGCAACGCGGAUGCAAUACUGAGCGCGUACCUCGGCUGCUCAUUCAUCAUGGCCGACUAUCGAGCCGUCAUGACGGUGACAAAGAGUAUAGUCUUGGUGGCUGCGCGCAUGCAGCACUGGUCAGAGCAGUCUGCGUUUCGCCAUCUUUUCGACUACGACCGCCUACACCGGUUACAAGACAUCAACGCCGAAUCACCCGCGGCAGAAACGAGACCACGGCCAAGGCAGCAAAAUGUAGACAAUUUGCUAGCCGAGGGAGUGCAUGCUUUGAACAAGCUAUCGAAUUGCCUGCGGCACAAUCUUCAUCUGGCUGCCGUGGUUCGACAACUGCGCGACGUGUUGAGGCUGGUGGACGAUAAGCAAAACGCUGACAUCCCAACCCCAACGCAAUACCGCUUGAUCCAUCCAUUCAUAUCCUGGUACAACCGAAAUGAAGCUUCUUCCUACGUAGCUAUUAGCGAGAGGGACCCUGCGGUGCUUGUUUUCCUGCUGUACAUGUACUCGGCAUUUGUAUCCCUGGCGGUGGCGUUGCCCGCGACAAACCUGCCGCUGUUUACCGCGAUUCGAUUCCGAGCCAUUGUCGAGAUCAAUCGGGCAAUGGAGGAAAGAGCGGGUUUCCCGUGUACUGGCUGCAAUGUCUUUCACCAGGAUCACGAGCUCGCGCCGCUUCCGUUAUUGGCCAUGCAGGUAUACCAGUCUCAUAGAGCUGUAUACUGA